GUCUUUAAUCUCUUUAAUAUUCCGUUUCCUUUUCCCUUUUUCUUUUCCCCUACCCUUUUUUAUUAUUUUAUUUUAUAACGACCUAUUCUUUCGUUCCUAUUCUUUAUUUCGCUUCCCUAUCGCCCACGCUCGCUUCUAUCGUUACUAUCUAUGAAUGAAACAUUCGUCACAGGCUGCGGUGCGAAACAGGUCCAAUAUAUUAGUGCGAGUCGGGCGGAGUAAUUCAGCAUCCUAGUGCACCUGCUACAAUCCCGAUAUUAUAUGAUCAUCCCUUGGACGUGAUACCGUGAUAUCGUGAGUCGGUGCAGCGGGAUGAGUCCGCGAAGCAUUCCAGAGUCGCCGGCGACGGCGCAGUCCCGGCAGUGCGCUCCUACAGAUUCAGUCGCUUCCCUUUCCGAUAGCCAUCCGAAGCCGGUAUCCUCGAACAGACCCAUCACUUCGAUCCCGGCAAACCUCUUACCGUCAGCGCCGGCUUCGCCUCCCACCCCGGCCCCCAGUCCCACGCCUCAUCAGGGACACCUGAUAUGGCAGCCCGUCGAUGACGAUUAUGACCACUUCCUGACGAAUGCGAGAAUCCACUUCUCUUCGCUCUCGAAUGCCAAAAAGCAGAGAUUCCUGGAGGACAUUCUGAGCUCCUGUGAUAGCCAGCAACUCAGCUUCGUCUCGAGUUACGUCGCCCCCCGCUUGAGAAAGGACCCCUUUGAUGUGUUUCCAAAUGAGCUAUGUUUGAGGGUGCUCUCUUUCAUAGACGAUCCUAAGACCCUCGCAAGGGCAUCUCAAGUAUCAAAUCGCUGGCGCGAUCUCUUGAAUGACGACAUAACCUGGAAGAACCUCUGUGAGAAACAUGUCUUUGCAUGCCGGAGGUUUUCGGAAGAUCGGGACUUCGUUGAACCGCUCCCCAACCGGUCCGCACUCACCGUCUCACAACCACGCCGUGUCAGCAGCUCUCAGUCGAGUUCGACCUUCCCAGGUCUGCAAUCCCGAGAGGGUUUUCCCGGGUUGCCGCACAAUUUAUCUGGCGACUUGGUUCCGGGGUUAGGGCCCUCACGAAGACGUCGGCCUCGCCCGUUGUCCUACAGGGCCCAUUUUAAACAAAAAUACAUGGUGGAAUCGGCCUGGAAUAAAGGCGGGGUGUGCGCGCAACGAUAUGUCACCCCGGAGCAGGGAGUGGUCACAAGUCUCCACUUAACCUCUAAAUACAUCGUGGCUGCGAUGGACAAUGCAAAGAUCCAUGUGUAUGAUACGAACGGGAACAACCAAAAGACGCUAGACGGUCACGCAAUGGGUGUAUGGGCUCUAGUCCCGUGGGACGACAUGCUCGUGAGUGGUGGCUGUGACCGGGAUGUUAAAGUCUGGGACUUGGUUAAGGGGGAGUCAAUAUUCACAUUACCCGGUCACACGUCAACAGUGCGCUGUCUGAAAAUGUCCGACAAGAACACGGCCAUUUCAGGGUCGAGGGACACCACACUGCGCAUUUGGGAUCUAGCUCGGGGGACCUGUAAGAGGGUCCUCGUUGGGCACCAAGCCAGUGUACGAUGUAUGGCCAUACAGGGCGACACCAUUGUUUCCGGGAGCUACGAUACUACUGCCCGCAUCUGGAGUAUAUCCGAAGGACGAUGCCUGCGGACCCUUACGGGUCAUUUCAGUCAAAUAUAUGCGAUUGCUUAUGACGGCAGGCGAGUCGCCACAGGCAGUCUUGACACGUGCAUCCGGAUAUGGGACCCUCAAACGGGUCAGUGCAAUGGUAUCCUGCAAGGCCAUACCUCCUUGGUGGGACAACUGCAGAUGCUCGGCGACACCCUUGUCACCGGAGGAUCGGAUGGGUCUGUUCGCGUCUGGUCUCUGACCAAGAAUGGCCCCAUCCACCGACUUGCAGCCCAUGACAACAGCGUGACCAGCCUCCAGUUCGACCAUUCGCGUAUUGUCAGCGGUGGUAGCGAUGGCCGUGUCAAGGUCUGGAGUCUGGAGACCGGGCAGCUUCUCCGCGAGCUUUCCACGCCCGCGGAGACUGUGUGGAGGGUGGCUUUCGAAGAGGAGAAAGCGGUGAUCAUGGCCAGUAGAUCUGGUCGUACAUUCAUGGAGGUCUGGGAUUUCUCACCACCUCCAGAUGGUGUGGAGGACGGUUCCGUCCUCGUUGAGAGUGGCUCAAGUACAUCUGCCAUGCGCUCCUCGUACGACACUCGGCCCCGAAGUUGCUUUUCGGACACGGGUUCGCCGGCGCCUCAAGGUAGCGAGGAUGACCACAUCAUGCCGGAUGCCCCAUCCUCUUGACGGACACGAUUCGAUGUUCGAAUAUGAUGAUCAUGUAGUAUUCCUUUCCUGUCUUACGGUUUUAGACCCAACGGGCCAGACUGGGGCUUCCGCUCAGCAUCAUGGAGACACGGCCUUUAACUAGCCAUCGGCAGCAUUUGCAUAACGGGUGUUGGUACUAAUUAUUCUUUUCCAGCUUUGUCGUUUCUUUCCCAGA